AUGUAUUGGCAUCAACGCAAUAGACAUCUUAAUGUUGUACCCUAUUCCGUGUCUCGUAUACUCAAAAACCCAUGCAUCAACCUUUAUGACAGCAAGAAUUUCCAGCAUUCCAAGCAUCACUUGGAGAAUCCUCGGCAGUUCAUUGGUUCUUGUAACGGAUUGCUCUGCUUCCUUUUGCCUUCUGAAACAUUGGCACAAACUGAUGAGCUCUGUUUCUGGAACCCUGCCACCAGAACAACAUCUAAAAAAUUAGGGUCGUCGUUAUGUUAUAGCAACUGGCCUGAUUUAGGCUUUUUUCACUUCACGUUUGGUUAUGAUGCUUCAACGAGAACAUAUAAGGUUGUUGCGUUUCGUGCUAGUGAGACCGGAGGUUCAUGGAAAAGCGAGGUUAAAGUGUUUAGUGUAGGUGAUAGUUGUUGGAGAAAUAUUCAGAGCUUUCCUAUGGUUCCUUUUAAUUGGUUGGAUAUUCCUUAUAGACGUCUUAAUGAUGGUGUUCAUUUCAAUGGCACCGUUAAUUGGUUGACUCUUGACGAGUCUAUUACACAUGUUGAGAAAUUUGGGAUCGUCUCUCUAGACCUUUCCACGGAGACAUACAAGCAGUUUCUGCUGCCUCCAGGUUUUGAUGAUGUGCCAUUUUUUCAUCCGGUUCUUAGGGUUCUGAUGGACAGUCUUUGUUUUUCUCAUGAUUCCAAUAAAACUGAAUUUGUUUUAUGGCAAAUGAAACAGUAUGGAGUUCAAGAGUCUUGGAAGCAAUUAUUUAAGUUUAGCUUCCAGAAUCUUAACGUCCAUAAUAUCGAUUAUGGUUUUCCAUUAGUGUGUCUUUAUGUGAAUGGUGAUAUGGGAAUUUUUACAGAUAAACUUCGUAAUCGAGCAUUUAUCUAUAAUUUAAAAGAUAAAACAGUAAAGAGCAUUACAAGUAUAAAUAGCAAUUGGUCCGUUGACAAAGCAAUGGAGUAUGUGGAAAGUUUAGUUUCAGUUGGUUGA